AUGAGCUACAAUCAACACGUGACAUUGAUCCGAGACUUGUACAAGAACUUUAGUGUGCACGAUGAUCGUAUCGCCCGUGGCAUUAAAUGCCCGUUGGAUCUAGAAAACACGAAGCUCGCCAUGCCCAACUACCAAUGGUUGUUUCCCCGGACCAACUACAUAGUCGGUAUACGGCAUCCCGUACUGUGGUUCGAAUCCUUUUACAAUUUCCGAAUCCACAACCGGUUUUCCAUGCCUCCGCCCGGCGACCUCGUUGGGCGAUGUCGCCGUGGUGGCUUUAACGUAUGCACCUUUCGCGGAAAUUUUCACCUUUUUCUGAGCAAUCUGGGCAAGACCCACAUGGCGACGGACCCCGACGAACAGCAGUACCUCGCUCCCGAAUUUCGCCACACGCGCGAUCCCAUCGUCAAGUUACCCGGCAAGACACCACAGAAAAUCUUUUUGUACGAAGUUUCGCAACUCAGUGAUCCCGAUCCCGACCGCGCGGCCGAUUUGCGAACCACGCUGCAAUCUUUUUUGAAUCUGACGAUACCACUGGAUCCUAUGAUUUGGUACCGACCAGGGAAACAGCACAAGAAUCAGUGGGAACUUGAACGUCUCAACGCGAAAAAGAUUAAUAUUUGCGACGCACAACACGAAGCGUUGCGUACCGUUCUGCGGUACCAAGCCGGAAACGCCUCGCGGUGGAUUCGGCACUACUUUUUGGACGCUCCGGACGUCGUCACCUCGUCCAAGGAGUAUUUGCGCAAUAUCAUUCUACCGAGUUGGGAACGCGAUCCUUGUCUCGAUCGGGCACUGUCGAUGAGCUAA